ACGGCGCUUGUAAACAGAGCCGGGCCGGUGGUCGGAGGCGCCCGGACGCGCUGUGGCAGUGAGGCGGGCUGGCGGCCGGCCUCGCUGUCUCCAGAGAGCCUGCAGGCCUCGCAGGUGACGGGGACGGGCCACCGGGAUAUUAAGGAUUGGUAUGGCAUCACUUUGACAAGAACUACCUUGUUGUCGUCACAAAAAUCUCAUUGAUGAAUAAGCUCAAAGGAAUAUUUAUCUCUCCAUGGUUCUGUUACGAGCAAAUGUUUUCAGUGCCCAGCAAAAUACCAACCACUCUCAUCCUUGACCUGCUCUAGGCAGCCCAAUGAAGCUUCCUUCCAGCUGUUUCCAUAGCUCUAUUACAGAAGCACCUGUCUUUGUUUGGUGAAUGUUUGUGAAGGCUUGCCCUCGACCAGCUUGAGAGGCGGAAGCCUCUUGGAAUAUAGGACAUGGAAGCUUUGGAAGUGGAUGAUAUCAGCCCAGCCUUAGAAGUUACUGAGGAUUUCUUUAGUACUUUUGAUAGUAAGCUAGAAAAGGCUGUGCAGCAAGCAGAGGUUUAUGGGAUUCAGGAAGUCCCUGAACUGGUGGGGCAUGAGGUACUCAGUGACAUAACAGACAAUGGUGCUAUGAGAGACAUUGCCUCCCUGGGCAAGGGGAGCGUGAUUUGGGAGCACUGUAAGAGCAGACUGUUAGAAACCAAAGCUCAAAAUGUCUUCCCUGCCAAAGAACAGUUUAUGGUUCAGAGAGGGACAACUCCAGAUAAUCUGUCCUGGAUGGAACAAAAGGAAGCAUCAACAUUUAAUUUUUUCAACAUCUGUCAGCGUCGGAGGGAUAGACCUCGUUCUGUGAAUGACUUACUGGAUGAGACCUCUACUUUCAAGCGAGGGCAUGCUCGAUCAAGGUCAGAUGUUACCCAAGCAGACUGGCGAGUAGUCCUCAAAACCAUACCUUUGCAGCAGCAGCCACAGCCACCAUUUCUCCAAGGCCCUCACUUCACCAGGCCCUCUUUCCUGUUGCCCUCAGCAAGUAAGGUAGAAGAUGCUCAAGGAAAUACUGAACAUAAACAAACAUUCCCAAACAUUCUGAAGAAGGGUUACCUGGAGAUUAGGAAGGACCACGACAGUUAUUGGCAAAGCUGUUACGCAGAACUCUCACCCUAUAACUUAUACUUCUACAGUCUUGACAGCAGUGGGAAUCAAAACCUCUGUGCCACGUACCAGCUUUCACACUUCCAGAGCAUAUCUGUCUUGGGUCACCUUGAGGCCAGGAUGGUGGAUACUGUCCUCUGUGACAACACUCAGCUGCAGCUAAAGGCAGAGUCGCCGUGGGAGGCUUUGGACUGGGGGCAAAAGCUCUGGGAGGUCGUGCACACUGCUGUGCCUGGUUACGUAGGACGGCAGGAUGAGCUGGCAAACUCACCAGGGCUCAGCCAUCAUGUUGACUGUACGCAGAAUCAUUGUUUACAGAAGAAAGCCAAUGGGCUGCUACCACCAUCCCCUGUCUUGGAUAGCUCCAAGCAGUACCAAAACAUCCUCAAAUCAGGCACACUCUACCGACUGACUGUCCAGAAUAACUGGAAGGCAUUUAUGUUUGUGCUAAGCAAAGCCUACCUUAUGGCCUUUCAGCCUGGCAAGCUAGAUGAGGAUCCCUUGUUGAGCUAUAACGUAGAUGUGUGUCUGGCUGUCCAGAUAGACCACCUGGAUGGCUGUGACUCUUGCUUUCAAGUCAUUUUUCCCCAGGAUGUCCUCCGCCUCCGAGCUGAGACCCGCCAGAGAGCUCAGGAGUGGAUGGAGGCUCUGAAGACAGCUGCCAAUGCAGCGAGGAGUUCAGAGCAAAACCUGCAAGUCACACUGAGGAGUAAACCCAAGGAUCAGAUGGGUGGGCACGAACUCAGAAAGAACAAACGUCAGUCCGUGACCACCAGCUUCCUGAGCAUCCUGACAACUUUGUCUUUGGAGCGAGGACUCACUGCUCAAAGUUUCAAAUGUGCAGGAUGCCAGCGAUCUAUCGGCCUUUCCAAUGGGAAAGCCAAGGUGUGCAAUUACAGUGGAUGGUACUACUGCAGCAGCUGCCAUGUGGACGACAGCUUCCUCAUCCCAGCACGCAUAGUCCACAACUGGGAUACAUCAAAAUAUAAGGUGUCCAAGCAGGCCAAAGAAUUCCUGGAGUACGUGUACGAAGAGCCCCUGAUCGACAUCCAGCAGGAGAACCCCAUGCUGUACCUCCACGCCGAGCCGCUGGCCACUGUGGUGCGCCUGAGGCAGCGGCUAAAAUCACUGCGAGCCUAUCUGUUCAGCUGCCGGGCGGCAGUUGCAGAGGAUCUGCGCCGCAGAAUCUUCCCCCGAGAAUACCUCCUUCAGCAGAUCCACCUGUACUCCCUCGCCGACCUGCAGCAGGUGAUAGAGGGAAAACUGGCACCAUUCUUGGGCAAGGUCAUUAAAUUUGCCACCUCACAUGUGUACAGCUGCAGUCUCUGUAGCCAGAAGGGCUUCAUCUGCGAAAUCUGUAACAAUGGAGAGAUCCUCUACCCUUUUGAGGAUAUUUCAACCAGCAGGUGUGAGAGCUGUGGAGCCGUCUUCCACGCUGAAUGCAAAGAAAAGUCUGUCCCCUGCCCGAGGUGCGUCCGACGAGAGCUGCAGAAGAAGCAGAAGUCCUUCUGGCGGCAGCUAAAUGUGGACGAGAGCCUGGAGGAGGCGUGCACCAUGUUUGAGCUAUCCUACCAGAACACCUGACUGCAGGCCACGCUGGCCCUCACCCUGCAGCAACCUGUGGCCAAGUGGCUCCCAAGUAGCCACUCGCACCCGAGAAGAAGGGUCUGUCUCCUCUUCCACUAGAUGUAGAGAUUUACAUUUAUUUAUCUGUAUGUAUACACUCCUAUGCGUCCCGUACGUAUGUUCUGUAUAAAUCGAUGUCUACCAAGUCCUCUGUGGCUGAAAAUCUACCCACAUACUUGGCCAUGAACUUCAGCUGCUUGCUCCUACUGAACUGUGCUUUGUUGCUACAUACAAUCCUUUAUAGUUCAGUUUUUUGUUCUGUUUUGGCUCUUAGGGGCCAUUUUUAUUACACAAAGCAGAAGAGGAAGCAUUUCCCUUAGGCUAACAUAGCUUCGGUUAUUUCUGUAUUAUGUAUUUUUAGCCUUCACAGAGGCUGGGGGAACUGAGGCAGGCACCAUCAUUGUCUGUUUCAUAAGGAAAUCUCCAAAACACAGAAACACACCUGGAUCCUUCCAGGCCCUAGUGUCCCUGGCAGACGGGGAUCUCUGGAGCAGAGGUACAUGGUGGGGAGGCAAGUGUGCGGCUCUAGCUGACAGAAAGCACUUGCCUUGAACUGAGGAGGUUUUGAAGUUAAUCUCAGAGUUUUCUCCUGAGGAAAGAAGAGGCCUCUGUGACUAAUAACUGCAUGUCCUCUGUCUGUUUGCUGGUACAAAUCCCAGCACCUGCCUAACCACACAGCUCUCCACCACAUCUGCCACAUUGUAAACGUGGCUUUCUUCAGAACAGUUUUCCAAGGGUGUGGUGGGUGAUAUUCGUGAUUUUUUUCAUGGUGUUGGCUUGAGGAAGUGUCUUAGAAUUGUCAUUAAAGACAUCAGUGCAUAGACUGGUAGAGUAGAUAGUUUAGAAGAGACAAUCUUCAGUUUCCUUUCACAGAGUCCUGUGUAGGUAGCCCUACCUGGUCAUUUUGAAUGCUUUCUUUCUCCUUGUUCUUCACUGCACUUUCAUUUUGGCCUUUGUCAAUUUAACCACUCGUCUGUUACAUUUUUUUAUUGUUUAAAAAAUCAGGGUAAUUUGAAAAAUCUCAAUUUUAAACUAUCAAGAAAAUAUGAAUAGAAUUAAUAAAUUACAUCUAAUAGUGUUUGAAUAAGUAGAUAUACACAUAUAUAAUUGCCACCAUAAAGCAAAAUAAUGCUAUAAGUAAUAUAGGAAUAAGAAACAUAACGAACUGCUUUGCUAUUUGGCAGGGUCAUGUCCUCCUACUGCAUUAUCGCUGUAAGAGCCCAGCAUAACAGGGACCGUGACUGAGGUGGCAAGUAGGACAGCACUGGAAACCCAAUCACUCCUUUUCCUCCUAGCUUGGCUCUGCAGAAAAGAAGAACAUGCUUAUAACAAAACAAUUCCCAGUAGACUUUAGGAGACGAUCACACUGAGCAGAUGUUGUCCAUGUGUUCAUGGUUUAGUCCUCCCGUGGCUGUUGGGAGCUGGGAAUAAGUGGCUCAUCAAGGACAUGGUGCCUGCAGCUCCACACUUUGCUGCCUCCAGAGGCCAGCUCCUGACACUUCUGUCCAUUCAGAGACAUUUCACAAUAAUUUUCCUGCAGUUAAAUGUAAGCAUUUCACCUCCCAACCCUUUGGCCCCAAACCACAUAUUUCAACUUAAUAGUUCGGCACCACGCAUGCAUUUAUUUUCUGGUUUUACAGUAGCUGUGACCAAGGCAUGAAACUUGGGGAGAGUCCAGGGCCCUGUUCACGAGACGCCUCAUUGGUGCCUUUUACUCUCUAAAGCAGGUUCACUCAUGCACCCUCCCCCAAAUUAUCAAGAAUGCGCACACAAAACAAGAAGGGUAGAAAGUGUCUCAAACACUUGGCAAACAGAUUUGAUCAUCUCUCCUCCUCCCCUUCAUGAAAUACAGUAUUUAUAUUUUCCAGCCCCAGAGAAGAUAGUAGAACAUGCUCUUUCACAGGAGAAUUAUAGACCUGCUUAUUAUAAAACAGAUGUGCUCCCAUGGCAAAGUGCCUUCCCCUCAGUUCCCAACUCGGUCAUGCAGCUUGCUUUUGCCUUCCUGGAAUUAAUGUAUCUGUGAUUCUGACUGUCAGCGGAGCUGUUCCUUGCACGCUGUUCGGAGACCUGAAGUGUAAGGCCAUCCCCUCCUUCCCAGCAUGUUUGCUGUGUACAGAAUGUUUUUUCCCAGUUCACAGGCAUCCAGGAUCAGAGCUGCCGAGAGUCAAGGGUGACAUUCUGGAUCCCUGAUCUAAACACCUGUGUUUUCGCCAGAAUCCAUUUUGAAGGCCCUGCAGAAUAUUAGCAGUCCCUGGGAACUCCUAACAAUUUUCCACCCACAUCACUUUCUGCUUAUUUUCAAAAGGGAAAAAAAUAAAUGUCCCAUCACCAUCAGCUACGCAGAACUGGAACCAGGUCCCUGCUGCUGCUGUUUUCUCCCCUUUUUGUAAAACUCUGACAGCCUGGUUCAUGCCGGCCAUGGGCCUACAACAACAUUCUCUGACACCACCGCCAAAAUCAGAUGGGACAGAGUGGAGCCAGCUUCCAAGUUGGGUCUGCCAUGAAAAUUCAGAAUUGCUAUUUUCAGCCCAGAAUGCCUUAGAGCAAAUGAACGCCCUUACUGUUUUCCAGCCUAACAAAUUACUUGGUGCGAUGUUAGGUAAUUGUUCCACUGCUUAGAAACUGUAGGAACAAAAGCAAGUCUGUUGAUUACUCCCUCCUUCUGGCUGAGCUAAUACCUGCUUUGCCUCGUGUUCCAUUUUGCAUCCCAUGGUAAAUAUCUUUGCAUGUAACACAUAUGAGAAAGUGGCCAAUUAAUCUCCUGCGACUGACAGCUAGGUCCAGGGAGCUGCUUCUCACUCAAAGGCCCAUUCCCUGCUGUACACUUGGGGAAAUCCCUCCCCGGUGCCAGAAACACAAGUGUGAGACCAUCCAGCCCUGGGAAAUGCUGGCAUCUAACGUGAGGUGAAGAAGCCAGUUCCUAAACUAGCCCUCAGUGUACAGCACCACAGGAGGACUGCAGAGCACUCGCAAGGCAGGCGACUGAGUGGGAGCAGUGUUCUUUCCAGGGCCGCCUGUACCAAACACUGGCAGCAUCUUUACAGGAAACCAUCUCAGUGCUCACUGUGGUACCCCACCUCAUUUCCCUGCCUGUUCGGGGGCCCACGUCAUGGUCAGCCUCAGGUCUGUAGUGCUGAGCCUCAUCCUGUGGGGAGCUUAAACAUUUGAUGAGCUGAGUGGGUAAUCACUUCUUGAUUCUUCUAGAUGAAGCGACCACCAGAGCAUGGCGUAGGACUUGGGACUUGGGUUUUCCAGCACAGUGGUAGCCUUCAGACACCUGAAACGGAGCUGUGCUAGGAAUUCCCUUAGACACUGUAAGGACCAAGGUGUCUAUACCACCCUACUUGCCGGGUGCAGCCCUCGCUGAGGACAUCUGGCCAUCAUGUGUCAUGUGCACACCCUGAAUAUUAACGACAGUUUCUUUUUGUGCCUCCUGAAAGAGUUUGGCUUCCAGACUUGCAGUUUUCUAUCCAUCUGCAAAAAAGGCCAUCCAUCAAGUAAUCAUCAGGGUGGGGCUGGCUUGACGCCAUGCACACCAAACACCUACUCAGACGGGUGUUAUCCAGAGAAGUGGAGACACAUUCUGCUCCCACAUCAGGGUAGAGCUGCCACUGCUGCUCAUCUGUGUGCAGAAUUAAGUCUUCUCUAUUGACUUGCCAAGCCCUAUUGAAAUAACUAGAUUAUGAAAUAAACCAUCAGCUCUUUAUUCUUUAUCCAAUCUAGCCAUUAUUUCAUUUUAUUUCUUAACCUCUAACAGUAAAUAGAGAUGUGUGCAGUUUCUCCCCUUUUUUGUUUGAGUUUUCUUCUCUACUUUUUUGCUACACUGAAAUAAUGCGGAAAAGAACAGCAUGUGGACAGGACUGAAAGAACCAAACACUUCUCUCCUUGGCAUGCAUGGAGUUGUUAGGGAUUCUCUCCACCUUCCUUCUCUUCCUGCUGUCCUAGUCAGUAAUGGGCACUAGGCGCUUCGGAUACCCUCCCUUGUGCACUCUUCUGACACUGAAUGAGUACAACCAGGUGCUCCAGGUCGAAUCCGGCAGUGAGUGAAUAAGCCCUGCUCAGUUAAUUUGAACAGACAAAUGUUGAUCUCUUUCAUGUAGGACAGUGUUUUGACAGUUAAAUCUCAGCACCCAGAAGCCUUAUCAGUAGACAAGUCUCACGUUACUGGAUUCAAAAAUCUCUGACUCAAGAGUUUUUCUCUGGUAUGUUUUAGUGGGUUUAUGGCUGAGGUAAGAUCUAAGUUAUUGUUAAUGUAUAGGUAAAAGUCAAAAGAAAACUGGAAUACCCUCCUAAGCAUAGCUGGAGUUUUCAGAAGUUUUAUUUAAAUGGGUUCCAAAUGAUCAUGAUGUAUGGCAUUUUCCUCGUAAAGUGGCCUCUGAUGUGACUGAAGGCAUUGUUAAAUGAGAAAACUGCUGUUUUGCAUUGGUCCUUCCGUGAGGAACAGAAGCCCCUCGCUGCUCAUCUUCUUGGGAAGCUCUUGAGUGAAGCCAGUUGCUAGUCCAGGUAGAAGAUUCAGGCACUAGUGCAACGCUUCCAUGUGAGGAAACCAGCCCUCUCCCUGGAUCCUCUUUGCUCCUAGGCCUGGCCCAGAUUCAGGCCUUGCCCAGAUUCAGGCCUUAUGGCUAACAAAACACCUAGUGGACAACUGGGCUUAAGGCUCCUCCUCCAUUUGUUUCUUUUUCCUGUAGGAGUGCCUUAUAGUACUGUCUAGUGCUUCUGUCUAGUCUCUCAGACCCACUGGAAGCCUGCAGGACCCUUCAACUAAAUACAAAUCCCUUCCUUCUUCUUUCCUGUCUACUCCUCAUCCAGAUGCACCUGGAGCCUACAUACUCCAUGACACAGCCAAACUUCCACCUUUGCUUAACCUGGUGCCUUAACCUCAUGAGUAAAGGGAUUCAUGCCGGAAACACAUUAUUAAAGUCAGAGUGGUUCAAACAUUGGCUUCUUAUUGCCAUUGGCAUCUUUACCAGGAAAUCCGACUGUGUUAUCAAAAAAUAGUGAAUGUUUAAUUUUUAAAAAUUUAUUAUAGUAAGAGACACAAUGUCAGUAACCCCCCUCAAAAUACUCCCCCCUCACUUUGAACACAUUUAUCCCACCAUUCUUGCUGUUUUCUGAAGCUGUCCUGAAAGUUCUUUUCCUGAGUGUCUUUAGUUGUACCAUGUGGCUGCCUCUGUUUCCUGAAUUGACUUGAAACAUUUACCUUUCAUGGUCAUCUUGACUUUGGGGAAGAGCUAGAAGUCACAUGGUACCAGAUCCUAUGAAUAAUGAGGAUGAAGAUACACCAUGAUGUUUUCACAAGCCUGCCUUUCUAUUGGAUAGUACUUGGUAGCAGCACGCACCGUGGUUUUGAUCAUACCUCAUAAAAAAUGCAAAGGGGAAACAUCCAGAAUUGCUUCAGAAAGUAGCAAGAAGGAUGGAAUAAGUGUGUUCAAAGUGAGGGGGAGUAUUAUGAGGAUAACUGGCAAUGGUUUCUUCGGGGGUUUUGUUUUGAGGCAGGGUCUCGCUAUGUAGUUCAGGCUGGCCUUGAACUCAUUAUGUACCCAGGCUGGCCUUGAACUCGUGGCAAUCCUCCUGCCUCAUCCUCCCAAGUGCUAGGAUUAUAAGCAUGUGCCACCAUGCCCAGCUUGGCAAUGUAUCUUUUACGGUAAUCAAUUUUUAAAAUUUAAACAUUCACUAUAUAUUUCAAUCAUACAUGGUACAGAAGAUAUGACCAGACAAUGUUUUAACUUUGUGUUAUGCUGUUUCUUAAUCACUGUUUUUACUUGCUUACUUUCAUUAACCAAACUCAGGGGAAUGUCAUGAUGUCACCAAGCCCAACUAGGAGAGAAAUAAAACCAGCUAUCCAGAAUUAAAUCAGAAAAUUCAAUGAACUCAGCAUUUUUCAGGUUCAAAAAACAACAAAAAAUAAGAAUUUUCUUUUCCCUUACUGUAUAAAGAUGUUUUUUCAGUUUUGCCACCUUUUUUUUCUAAUUGAAAGUGGGAAGGUUCUAGGAUAAAGUUUCAUGAAAAUGUCCCUUUGUGUGGCAGGGCAGUCUGCUGGGCUAUGAGGCUGGGCUUUUGCUGUCAGAGCCCCAUGGUCUGGCUCCAGGUAUCAUAUGAGGGUCUGACUGGGAAUCGCCAUUAGCCUACCAGAGAAGGUUUAAGGGGGAAAGCUACUUCUAAGGAAUGGUAAAGGAGGGGAAAUGCCCAGGUUGCAAAUGAAGAGGGUGAACAUGCUGAAGAUUUCUGUAUAACUUGUUCUCAGGCUCUGGGUCAGAUCCCAGUCAUAUUUCUUACUUCUGCUCAUGCGGUAAAGAAUUGACUAAAAUUUUGGAUUUGGGUUCUUACAUCACUCUGUGUUACACUAUUCAUAAUAGCUUUUAUGCUAACUUAUGUACUUUUGUUUUCCGUUUUCUGGAUUUUAUUGCCUUUUUGGCAUAAUUUAUCCAUAUUUUUGUUUACAUAAAUUUAAAAAUAUCAGUAUCUAUAAUAAUAUAAAAUGAAAUUGUGUUGUUGACCAGACCUCUAGUCUUUAUGAUCAUCUGUCACAUAAUUUAAGUGUACCCAUUCCUACUGUGUGAAGUUAUCUGUCUCAAUAAACAAUGCAGAAAGUA